CAUCAAUAUCGCAGGCUUCACGAUCCCCGUUUCGCUACUUGCGCCAUCGAUCCCCUUCCCGGGUCGUUUAGAUCCCUCCGUCCGAUCCCAUCUACCCAAGUGCCAACCGGCGGCGACUCGAGUGGUCGUCGGCGCACACCCGACGGAAGCGCCCAUCCUUGGUCAUUGACAAAGCCAUGGCGCAGCUCUGUUCGCGGCUGUUCGCAUGGUGCUGCGGAGGCCGAUCCAGAGAUAGCUUAUACGAUCCGGUGUUAGCAGACAGUGAAAGGGAAGCGGUUGCCGACUUGCUGGGCUAUCUGGAGAAUCGAGAUCAAACCGACUUCUUCUCUGGACCUCCGCUACAAGCUCUCAGCACGCUCGUCUACUCCGAUAACAUCGACCUGCAACGCAGUGCCAGUCUCACCUUUGCGGAGAUAACAGAGCGAGAUGUACGAGAAGUCGACCGAGACACCCUCGAGCCUAUCAUCUGGCUUCUACAAAACAAUGAUAUUGAAGUCCAACGGGCGGCAAGUGCGGCCCUUGGGAACCUAGCAGUAAAUGCGACGAACAAAGUCCGGAUAGUCGAUCUAGGAGGAUUGGCUCCUCUCAUCAAACAGAUGACCUCAAACAACGUGGAAGUGCAGUGCAACGCUGUCGGCUGCAUCACCAACUUGGCGACACACGAGGACAAUAAGGCAAAGAUCGCGCAAUCAGGAGCACUAGGGCCUCUUACAGGAUUGGCGAAGUCGAGAGACAUGCGUGUGCAGAGAAACGCAACCGGAGCGUUGCUGAACAUGACACAUUCAGAUGACAACCGCCAAGAACUCGUCCAAGCCGGUGCCAUCCCCGUCCUCGUCAACCUUCUCGGUUCCUCCGAUGUCGACGUCCAAUACUACUGCACUACCGCCCUCUCCAACAUCGCCGUCGACGCCAUGAACCGAGCUCGUCUCUCUCAAUCCGAGCCGCGCCUCAUUACAUCCCUCGUCCACCUCAUGGACUCUUCCUCCCCCAAAGUCCAAUGCCAAGCGGCCCUCGCCCUCCGCAAUCUCGCCUCCGACGACCGUUACCAACUCGAGAUCGUCCGCGCACGAGGCCUUCCACCCCUCCUCAAGCUCCUCAAAUCCUCCUACCUCCCACUCAUCCUCUCCGCGGUGGCCUGCAUCCGCAACAUCUCUAUCCACCCCCAGAAUGAAUCCCCCAUCAUCGACGCCGGCUUCCUCCUCCCGCUCGUCGACCUCCUCUCCUCCACCCCUAACGAAGAAAUCCAAUGCCACGCCAUCUCCACUCUCCGCAACCUCGCCGCCUCCUCCGACCGCAACAAGGCCCUCGUCCUCGACGCCGGCGCCGUCUCCAAAUGCAUCGAUCUCGUCCUCCAAGUCGCACUGAGUGUCCAAAGCGAAAUGACCGCCGCCAUCGCCGUGCUUGCCCUAUCCGAAGACCUCAAGCCGCGCCUCCUCGCCGACCCCACGCUCUUCGACGUCCUCAUCCCCCUGACCGCUAGCGAGAGCGUCGAGGUGCAAGGUAACAGCGCUGCCGCCCUCGGCAACCUCUCCUCCAAAGUCCCCUCCUACGACAUCUUCCUGUCGCGCUGGGACACCCCCGCCGACGGCAUCCGCGGCUACCUCGAGCGGUUCCUCGGCUCUGGCGACCCCACCUUCCAGCAUAUAGCCGUGUGGACGCUGCUGCAGCUGCUAGAGAGUGGCGACGCGCGGCUGGUGGCGCGGGUGCGCGAGACGAAGACGCUGGUCGGGUUGGUGCAGGCGGUGGCGGAGCGCGAGCGGCGGCGGAGCGAGGAGGGGAGUCGGCCGGGGAGCGAGCCGGAGGGGGAGGAAGAGGAGGAUGCGGAGGGAGAGAGGGAGGUGAUGGGGUUGGCGAGGCGGUGUUUGGAGGUGUUGGGAAUGAGGGGGAAGGAGUUGGCGGAGGGAUGAGGUCGGACCUGUUUCCGAGCCAAGUCCCCCAAGCCGCUCCUCCGUCACCCCGUUUGUCGUCUUGCAGUUUGGCCUUCCUGAUACGUGCGUAUCCACGAGCAUUUCAUUGCGUAUGGCGCGUCGGCGGAUCGGGGAUCAUUGGGUUCUGAUUCCCUCUUGGUAUUGUUUUCAUAGCUCCAUCAUGAUUAUCUUUUUUCACCCACACCCCGUUCGACGUUUGAUUGUUAUUCUCCACCCCGGCUGCUCCCGUCUUUACUACUUGGCAUUUGUUUGUCCAUGCCUU